GAUCAUAUCAGUGUUUACUUAUAGCUACAUAGGGUUUAAUAGCAUUAAGUUUAUUGGCGUUUAUGUUUAGGAGUUUUGUCAGACUGCUAGCAAUAGCUUAGCUAAGCGGAAGAUAAGUAGGCCUCAAAUCCCCGGUGUAGUGGUAGCGCAGAGGCCCGAGGAGGGCGUAUGCAGUGACGGCGUAAACGCUAAACGGGAAGACAGUCAAACGCCGAUGUAGACCGAAGUUUUUGUCAGCUAAUUCUGAAAGACGAUGACAGUGGAGAUCACGACCAGGACCAAAGCUCACCGAAAGACAUCGAAAAGGUAAAAAUUGAAGAAGACGAAAAGGAGCUGAACACUUCUAAGAAAAAAAUGGUGGUUCCAGGCGCAGGAGAGCACCCUCUUCAGUACAACUACACUUUCUGGUAUUCCAGGCGCACCCCAGGGCGACCAGCAAGCACCCAGAGCUACGAGCAGAACAUCAAACAGAUCGGCAGCUUUGCCUCGGUGGAACAGUUCUGGCGUUUCUAUAGUCACAUGAUCCGGCCUGGUGACCUAACCGGUCACAGUGACUUCCACCUUUUUAAAGAAGGGAUUAAACCCAUGUGGGAGGAUGAUGCCAAUAAAAUGGGCGGGAAGUGGAUCAUCCGGUUAAGAAAAGGCCUAGCAUCCCGGUGCUGGGAGAACCUGAUCCUGGCCAUGCUGGGGGAGCAGUUCAUGGUGGGGGAGGAAAUCUGUGGAGCCGUGGUGUCCGUACGCUUUCAGGAGGACAUUAUUUCCAUUUGGAACAAAACGGCCAGUGACCAGGCCACCACAGCCCGCAUCAGAGACACCCUGCGCCGAGUCCUCAACCUGCCCCCCAACACCAUCAUGGAGUACAAGACACACACAGACAGCAUUAAAGCCUGGGAAGACUUCCAUGGGCUGGUGAAUGCUAGUGGCGGGCGUUAGCCUCUCGCACAGAAACACUCUACCCAGAGUUUGUGUGUUUCUGUGACGUGUGGAGGGGCGCCGGAGUCCGGGGAAGGAAGACCUCUGUGUGGACUGGCACCGUGUAACAGGAAGACAAGAGGACGUGUCAGGAGCAGAGGCCCCCCGAGGAUCAUUCCCCCUGUUGGGUCAAAUUGGAAGAGAGCAGAGCGACCUGUCAGCACCAAGCCAAAGACAUACUUGAAAUCAACCAGUGAGAGGAAAAAAAAAAACAGCCUUGUGUUAAAGCGAGUUGGAACAUCUGUUGACUUGUUACCAGAAGGAGGCUGCGUUACCGAAUUUGGUCAUUUGCUGUUGACAAAAUACAACAAAAUCAGUCCGAUGUGAAACUUUACGUGAUUUUAUUGUUCAGCACAGCCUCACAUUUACUGUUAGAGUUUAUCAGUUUUAUUGGGGCUCAAACAGGGUUGUUGGAAGAUGAUAUUUUAUUACAGUGAUGUAUUUUAAUAAUUACCUCUUCAGUUUCAAACAGAGCAGAUGCUAUUAUUGUGUAAAAAUGUAUUUGUCGAUAAAAGUCCACUCCAUGAUCACUCAGUUGAAUUGUCAGCGGCUCUCCAGAAGUCGAGGACCAUCCUGUUUAGUGGAGACGCUUAAAAGAGCGCCAUCUUCAGAAUGAACUGCCAAGCUGCCUUAAUCACUGUGCCUGGCCGCUGCGCCAACACGCGCCGGAUGUCCAUUCUGCAGGUUAGCGCGCGCUGGACAGACUUUGCUUCGCGCUCAUCUGCAAGGCGUCUUGAAAUAGACCUCGACUCUUUUUCCAUCAUACGUUGGAAGAAAUGAAACCACGCCCAGGAUCAGCAUCUUGUUUGGAAUAUAAGCAGCUAUGGAAACAACUUCAUUGGUAUCCAGAUUUUUGUGGUUGGAUUAAAGGAAGCAGAUGUUUGUCAAAAGUAAAGUGAACACAGUUUUUGGGUGUAUAUGUGAUGGAGAACAGCAAUAAAUGGAAAACAUGUAGCUGCUGCUA